AUGGGGACCGAAACCGAAUAUGGCAUUUCGGUCAAAAAUGCGCGAGAUCCGGAUCCGGUUGCGGCAUCAACGCUUGUCGUCAAUAUCUAUAAAGACCGUGGGAUCAAGGGGAUCACUUGGGACUAUGAUCAGGAAAGUCCGUUCAUGGACGCUAGGGGAUUCGUUUCUGAAGGGGAAACGGACAUCCCAGAUCAGGAGAAUAAUAGUCUCAUCAACGAUGUCCUCACCAAUGGCGGACGGUACUAUGUCGAUCAUGCGCACCCAGAGUAUUGUACCCCGGAAUGCACCAAUGCACGCGAUCUGGUCAAAUAUGAGAAGGCGGGGGAACUGAUAUUAGAUUUGAGCCGUCUGGCUGCCCAAGAGCUGUUGCCCACAAAUCAAGAGAUUCUUAUCUAUAAGAACAACAGCGAUUAUAAAGGUCACAGCUACGGUGCCCACGAAAAUUAUCUGAUGUCGCGGAAUGUCCCCUUCCAAGAUAUCGUUGAUGGAUUAACGCCUUUUCUCGUGACGCGGCAGCCUAUCACAGGGAGUGGUAAGGUUGGUGCUGAAAAUGGCGCAGCGGAAACGGAUUAUCAAAUCUCCCAGCGUGCAGAUUUUUUUGAGACUGAAGUCGGAUUGAGCACAAUGGUGGCGCGUCCAAUUAUCAAUACGCGGGAUGAGCCGCACGCUGAUGAGAUGUUAUACCGUCGGUUGCACGUGAUCGUCGGCGAUUCCAACAUGUCUGAAUUUUCCAUCUAUCUGAAGAUGGGAAUUACGGCGGUUGUGCUGCAGCUCAUCGAGCUGGGUGUUGUAGGGGAUCAGUUCAGACUCUCUGACCCUGUUUUGGCAAUCAAGACGGUAUCACGCGAUCUUUCCUGUAAAGAACCUGUGGUUUUAGAGGAUGGUCGGAAAUGGACACCCAUUGAGGUUCAGCGCGAAUAUCUUGAGUUAGCUCACAAGCAUAUUCCCACGGAGGAUUUGUCUGAGGUAGUGCGCGAUGUGAUGAAGACAUGGGAAUUUGUUCUCGACCGCCUCGACGAGGAUCCGAUGAGCCUGGAUCGACACCUCGAUUGGGUGAUUAAGAAACGGCUGAUUGAUGCGUACCUGCGACGCCACAAUUUAGCCCAUUCAGAUCACCAAGCUCGGAUGUUAGACUUGCAAUAUCACGAUAUCCGCCCGAAUAAGGGGCUUUACGCGAGGUUGCUGAAAAAUGGACGUGUUGAACGGCUCCUCAAACAUGAGGAGAUUGUUCAAGCGAUUAACAAUCCACCUGUUGAUACACGUGCCUAUUUUCGUGGUGUCGCAGGACCAGCAAUGGAAAUGGCAAAGCUCUUCCAGGUCCAGGUGGAGUUCUAUGAAAAGAUAGAAGGCUCGCCGUUAAGCCUAGAGGUUCCAAUUUUCGUGGGCUAUGACUUCAAACGGAAACAGGCAAAGAUCUUCAAAUACGACGCAAUAGGGGGGCAAUACGAAGAAAGCGAAUACUAUGCAACCGGAUCCGGCGGUAAGGAUGCACAAUCGACACUGAAAAAGUUGUAUAGCCCCGAUAUGUCCCGCGAUAGUGCCUUGCGGUUAGUUGCCGAGGCGCUCUGGGAUGCUGCCGAUGAAGAUGUGGCUACAGGGGGACCGGAUUUUAUUCGGGAGAUAUUCCCAACAAUUAAGGUUAUUGAUUCAACGGGAAUCUCAGAUAUACCGGAUGCAGAUGUCAAGGAAUUCUACACCGAGCUACUUGACAGACUCCGCAAUUGA